UACUUCAUAAGAGCUCUCAUUGUGAGAGAAAUAUAUGUUGCACAGUAGUGGCGUUGCUGUUCAAGGCCAAAGCAGCGUUAUACCAGAACAAGCGAAAGUGCUUUCCAUUUUUAUCAGAAAGCGUCAUUAUUAGGAUACAAUAAUAAGCUUCACAGGAUUUUUGUUGAAUCUUGAAAUAGUUUCAAACUAUUAACUUGUCCAAACUACUUACUGGUCGUUUCACCUGCCCAAAGAUGCCUUGUUCAUAGCGCAAAGAAAUAUACAGGAUUCUAAAUUAUUAAAAAGAAAGAUGGAGGAUCUUCCACCAAGCUACGGAAGCUUAUUCAACGAACAUAGAAGUGGAUUAAGUUACAUAGAUUUCUUGCCAGGGGUUUUGAAGGAAGGUUUUUUCUGCAACGCAGAGUAUGACAGAUUCGAGAAUGUGAUAGCUCUUGCUAAUGAGUGGUUGAAAUUUAAUCCCCAAUGGAAAAUUAAAACUUGCGAAAGUAUUGAGUUCAAAGAUGGUCGUGGAAGUAUUAAUCCUACAGAAAUGGUUUACUAUGAAAGCACAAAAUAUCGCACCAACUUCAUCAGAGGAUUAAGAUUGUGGUUGCAAAUAUUUCCUCCUGGUGAAGAGAGGGUACAAAAAAUUGGAUACGUAAAUUUGGUACCUGAAGCAGAAGGUACUGAAGGAAUUUUUACCCAUGCUAAAUACGAAACUUUGGAUGAUGUCCUAUUGAAAUUCAACAAUGCUUCUCGCACAUCGCCGCUACCAGGUCGCAUUAUUACUAUAGAGACACAAAACAUGAAGAUAAAAAGUGGUGGUGUAAUCGAUCCGAACCGAUGUAGUUGGACUGAAUACGGUGAACGCUACACGAGAUUCAUCUAUGUAAUCAGAAUAUUUUAUGAAGUCUGUGAACCUUUGUACGAAGAAAUAGGUAUAAAUGAUUUCAUACCAGAUAUUAUAUCCACUAGUUAUUGUGGCUUAUUGCCGAAAUACGAAUAUCUUUCAACAUUGUUCGAAAAAGCAUCCAAUUGGUCUUCAAGUCAGUCCGAUUUGAGAAUCUGCAACCUACAAUCUUUGGAAGUUAAAGUUCAUGAUGGAAUGGUUAAUCCAAAAAAGAUGAGCUACACAGAGCAUGGUAAUCGCAGACUUGCGUUUGCUCGAGUAUUGCGUGUUGCUUACAUACGCCAGCAACCUUUGAACUACACUGCUCCUGUUCACCUAAGCUACAAAUCCUUUGUUCCAGCACAAACAAAACCAGAAACCCUCAUGACUUGCUAUCGACCAACAGCUGAAACUUUGCAAGAAACUAUGCAGAGAGUUUCAAGUUGGAUUCAAGCAACAGGUGCAGAAGUAAUUAAUAUGGAGACAUCUGCAAUACGGCUGAACAGAAAGGGAGCAGUGCACAGUUCCGAAAAGAAUUACUCUUAUGAGACAAAUGCUAAUAGUGAGGCCUAUAUAUUUGUAAUAAGGGCAUAUUUAAAAGGUUCCUAUACCGAACCGUAUGAAGACACUACCACUCCUCUCCGCAGAUUGAUUAACCCUGUUUUUAUUAUAGUAAUUAUUGUAGCAGUGUUUCUAAUAGUUUCUUUGAUCUUGUUUUUGUGUUACUUUAUCCCACAUCAGCUUAUGAAAAAAGAUUUCGAUGAAAAGUUUAAUAAAGCAUUUGAACAUUGAAA